CGUGGGGGCCGCCGGGGGAGCCGAGAGGAUGCCGAGUCCUCUCCCCUUCCUCUGGGACAAGUGGCACCUUGCGCCGACCCCAGUUGCAACCCCACCCCUCGGCCCCUGGCUCCAGGCAGCGGUCCAGCCGGCAGCGCAAGCUCUGGGAGGCCGGAACUCGCUCUCCGUGCCUGCAGCUGUGUGCCCAGCGCUCCGGCCGCACCCUUGGGGCAUCCUCCCCUCUUCUCUUCAUUCACGUCCAGUCCUCCAGCAAACCCUGGCUGCUCCUCCCUCGGAGUCUUUCCAGAACCUGCCCUUGCUCUCUCGUCCCGGCCCCUCCCUGGACCUCUUUGCCGUCUUCCUGCUCCCUGACCCCCACACAAGGCCAGGGACCCUGGGGACCCCUGCGUCAGGUCACAUCCCUUGCCUGCUCAGAGCCCUCCUGUGGGGAAAGGACAGAGUUGUCACCAUGGUUCACAAGGCCCCGCAUGACCUGCCCCUCACCGUCCUCUUCAACCCACUGUUCUCUGUCCCAUUCUCUGCCCUGCGGGUGUCACUCUGCCCACUCGUCCCCACCUAAGGCCUUACCCUGCUAGUCUCCUCCCGGCCUAUCUUCCGUGGAUCUUGUGUGAUGGCCUCCAUUCUAUCACUCAGGCCCUAGCCCAGCGUCACCUCCUCAGAGAGGACUUCCCUGAUCACCUGGCCAACGUAACCUCACAGCUCUCCGCUCUCACCCGCUGGCCUGCCACCUCUGUCAUGUCCUCCUUCCUUCAUGACGUGUAUUCGAGUGCUGUUUGCUUCCCUCCUCCAGUGUCCGCUCCACGUGGGCAGGGGUGUUUGCCCGUCAUUCACUGCCGCAGCCCCAGGGUCUAGAAGAGGCUGGGUAUACAGAAGGCGGGUUAUAAGGAGCUGCCGCCCAGCCAGCUGCACCGCGCUGAGCAGCCUGGUCGACGCCCCACCAUGCAGCGCUGUGGGCCCGCCCCCCUGCGGAGGCUGCUGCCACUGCCCCUGCCCCUGCUGCUGGUGCUGCUGCUGGGGGCCGCCACCGCUGCUCCCUUGGCACCAAGACCCUCCAAGGAGGAGCUGACCCACUGUCUGGCAGAGGUGGUCACAGAAGUGCUGACGCUGGGCCAGGCCCAGAAAGGCCCCUGCACCGCUCUCCUCCACAAGGAAAUGUGUGAGACAGAGCCCCACGGCUGUGUGUCCGCCAGGGAGAAAGGCCUCCUGAUUGGGGCCUUGAAGAAGCAGGAGGCUGGGAAGACGAGGUCCAGCCACGAGGCGAGGGACGAGGAAGAGGAGGCAGCAGAGAGGACCCACAAGUCCAAGGUGCGGGAACAGGUCAUCCGCAAGGAGCUCCACAGCCAGCUCCGCCACGAGGAGGACCGCGAGGAGGAGGAGGAGGAGGAGGAAAAGGAAAAGAAGAGGGGGCCCUUGGACACCUCCGAGGGCCCGUGGAAGCGGCAUUUAGAGGGUGGAGGGGGGCCCCGGCAGCGGGUGGCAGAGCAGGCCAAUGACGAGGAGACGGCCCAGUUCGAGGCGGAAGACAAGGGUGUGCAGGUGCUGGGUGGGGGCCGCGGCCUGUGGCAGGGGGCCCGGGGGCGGGGAGGAGAAAGGCCCGAGGACUCGCCGCACCACUACCACCUCCGCCAGCCAGAAGCUGAGGCCAAGCAGAAGGAGAAGGAAGAGGCUUUGGAGAAGGAGCAGGAGCGUGAGAUGGAGCGGCUGGAGCAUAUCAGAGAAGAGCUGAAGGAGGCGGCGGCGAUGUUGGGGGAGGAGCUCCAGAGGGCGGGCUGACCCCCGACCUCACGUCCUCCUUCUUCCCAACACACCCAAUGGCUUAGGAUUGUUGACCCCCAGGGCCCCCAGCCCGCUCCCCCACCCACAGGAGUGGGAUGAGGAGUGUGCCUUGGAAGCAGGCCUGCGGGGCUAGGCGGGAGCUGGGGAGAGCACUGGGCUCGGCCCGGCUCAGGAAACGCCUGACCCCCAUCUUGCCCACCAACCCUUCCCAGUGAAUAAAGCACAGAGAAAACCACCCAGGCGGACUGUGAGGGACUUGCUUUCCGAGGGCCAGGGCCCGGGAAUGAACCAGAGGCCCGGGAAUGAACCAGAGGCCCGGGAAUGAACCAGAGGCCCGGG